CCCACAGCGUCUCGUAUCACAUCAUCCCUAGACCUUAUCCAAUGCUUAACCUUACCCCAACACCACUACAGGCGACGCCCGUGUAUUCCGUCGCUUCCUAUAAUCAAUCUCCAACGCCAAAAGAGGGCAGUUAGCGCUACUUAUUUCCGAGACUGAAGUGAUGUGCUGUCGCAACAGAACAUUCGUGGGAGCCAUGUUAUAGAGGAAGCACACCGUCUACACGUGCUUAGAAAGGAAGGAUGUGCUCAGUUCUGGGGCAGGUGUCUACAUCUUGACGGUGAUUGUCAAAUGGGUUAUUACAACUGACGAUUGAUCUGGUUUAAGUUACGAUGGAACCAGUGGUUAUGAAUUCUUGAACAUUUUCUGUGUAAGGUGUUCCUGAGGUAUUGAGAAGCGCUAAAGAACGAAGGAGGCGACCAACAGUUCUCUCGAGGACAGUCUGAUGUGGCCUCAGCGAGGCAUUAAGAGCCAGGAGGAAUGUCUGGCAAAAUUGGGGGAUGCGGCGUUUCCGAAUGACGGAGGUUUAUACUGUAACGCAACAUGGGACAAAGUUCUAUGCUGGAAAGCGGCCAAAGCUGGCACCGCAGUUCGCAUGAACUGCCCCCCCCUCUACCCGGGUUGGUACCCACAAACUUUGCCACUCGGAAAUGUGGACCGAAUGGCCGAUGGGAGGGGAAAAACCCCGGAGACUUCAGCGUCCCCCCAGGGUUACACCAACUACAUCGGCUGCUACACCCAACAGGCUCUUGAAAUAUACAAGAGAUUCUACAUGAACAAAACGCCACAGCAGAAACAAGUACUCAGAGACAUCGUCUCAAGCGCCAGGACAAUGGAAAUAAUUGGCUUGUGCCUCUCUCUGGUUGUUACAAUAGUGUCCCUCAUUAUCUUCAGCUAUUUCAGGAACCUGAAAUGCCAUCGGACGCGCAUCCACAAGAAUCUAUUCGUGGCCAUCAUUGUUCAAAUCUCUAUCAUGCUCAUAUUGUACAUCGACCAAUACAUAGCGAGGACAGCGGGAGGGGAAGUGGCCGGCGCUUCCAGCGGAAGUAGUGGCGCCAUCUAUGACACGCCGGUGUUUUGUGAAAUCCUGUACGCCAUAUUGGAAUACACGAAAACUGUCAAAUUCAUGUGGAUGUUUGUGGAGGGCCUCUAUCUACACAAUAUGAUCGCCGUGUCAGUCUUUUCUGGGAAACCGAAUUAUGCUGUGUUCUACGCCAUAGGGUGGGGUUUUCCGGUGUUGUUGAUAGUGGCGUGGGUAAUCGCAAUGACGCAGAUGUAUGUUGCAAAAUGCUGGUAUGCAUAUUACUAUCUAAAAAUAAUAUGGAUCAUUGAAGCGCCUAGAGUAGCAGUAAUAGCUGUCAAUUUAUUAUUCCUUUUAAACAUCAUCAGGGUGUUGGUGAUGAAACUGAGACAAAGCCACACGAAUGAAGCAAACAAAGUUCGAAAAGCAGUAAAGGCGGCAAUAGUACUGCUACCAUUGCUUGGUAUAACGAACUUUGUGGUGAUGAUAGAGCCAAGUCAUGAUAACAUAAUCAAGUUCGGCGUGUGGGCAUUCAGCGCCCAUUUUCUCAUCUCAUUUGAAGGUUUCUUUAUCUCACUGCUUUACUGCUUCCUUAACGGAGAGGUACGAGUGACAAUUCGGAGGCACUGGGAGAGAUAUCGACAACGUAGGCUCAUACAUACAUCAAGCUUAAGGCGCAUGAGCAGAUCACUUAGCAUCUUUACAUCCUUCAGCGAGGUGUCUCAUACCUCCGCGUCACAGAAACAGAACCAAACCGCAGCCUCCAUGACAGUAAAUGGACACGUUCAACCUUUACUCCGGGAACCCUUCACUAAAAGAGUAGGGGCUGGUGCCCUGGGAGUAAGGAGAGCUAUAUUUAAAGACAACACUGACAGCAAACAAAGUAUCCGAAAAAUAAGUAAUCUUGGUGGAUUUAACGGUGCAGAGAUCAACGAGCAGCGGAUAUAGCAAAAUCGAUAAGCGAUACUGCAAUAUUGGUUUACCUUGAUUUGAAGACGUAUGGCAUUGCCAUUACUCAUUCUGUACAUACAGACUGAAAGAAAACAGGCUUGAUAAUAAAUGAACUUGUUUGUAAUAACGAAGACAGACGUAUGGAAAGGUGACUGUGAUAGUAACACAAAGGGUGUGUGUUCCAGGGCAGUUGAAAGAAAAACUAUUUUCAAGAAUUGGUGAAUGUGAUGGACAUUCAUUGAGCAUUUCACUCUGAAGGCUAGAUGGGAAUGUGCUGGUGUGUGUCAACAUUGACCUUUCAGAAUAAAAUGUUUUCUUUGCCA